ACAGCGAUCGCUCAGGGUGAUGACGGUGCCCUCGGCACAUGAGUUUCAUUGGCAGAGCCUGGCGUGUCUUUCCAGUGCCCGCGUGUAUCACUCAUUGGCUGAUGUCGGGGGGCAUUUGUAUAUGGUGGGGGGUUGCGAUGCCUCUGGUCGACCCACCAGCGCUCUUGAUCUCUACUCCCCUGAGGUGGACCGCUGGCUCAGUCUUCCUCCGAUGCCCACGCCGAGAGCCGGUGCAGCGGUGGCUGUCUUAGGCAAGCAGCUGCUGGUGGUCGGGGGAAUGGGGAAGGACCAGCGCCCCCUGAAGGCCGUGGAGGUAUACAGCACAGAAGAAGGCAAGUGGAGGAAGAGGUGCUCGCUCAGAGAGGCGUCCAUGGGGCUUUCUGUCACUGUUAAAGACGGCAGAGCUCUUGCUGUUGGGGGAAUGGGAGCAGACCUCCUGCCUAGAAGUGUUCUCCAGCAGUACGACCUUCGCAAGGACGUGUGGGCGCUCCUUCCGCCCAUGCCCACCCCGCGCUACGAUACCAGCAUCUGCCUACUGGGCUCCAAAAUCUACGUGGCAGGUGGACGUCAGUGUAAGCGUUUGGUGAAGGCGUUUGAAGUCUUUGACAUUGAAAGCCGCACCUGGUCUUCUCUACCCAGCCUGCUCUGCAAGAGAUCUUAUUCUGGGGUCUUAUGGGACAACGCCGGGCGUCUCUGCUGGUUAGGAGGGCUCAGACAAGGCGGAAUACACCAAAGUUCAAAGUUUACCAAGAAUGUUAACAUCUUCGACACCAACCAAGGAACUUGGUUGAAAUCAGAGGACACUGUACCCUUGAAAACCAAGCGAGCAGACUUUGCCGCAGCCAUAGUGCGAGGCAGAAUGAUCGUGGCGGGAGGUCUAGGCCAUCAGCCAUCAGUGCUGGACACUGUUGAAGCCUUCCAUCCCGAAAAAAGAAAAUGGGAGAGGCUGUCGCCUAUGGCGACGCCGCGUUGCUCUGCCUCCAGCAUCGUGAUCCGUGAUCGCUUACUGGUAGUAGGAGGUGUCAAUCAAGUCCCAAGCUCCGCCCACGAGAUUCUAUAUGUAAAAGAGGAGGAGAUUCUUUAACCAUAGAACGUUAGGUUUACACAUCAGAAAAAGU